GCUCCCCGCGGUGAGGGACACCCCACUUCCCGAGUGAAGCCGGCCCUGGCCCCCACUCCCAGCGGCCUUUGUAGCCCCCCCCCUUCCCAUUUCUGCACGCUUUUGGGGUGCUCAAGCAGGUUUAGGCCUGGCCUAGGAGGAGCCCCCCACCCAGCACCCCUUUCCUCAGUGACCGGAGCGAUUUCAAGUGCCUUCAGAUAUUGGGAGGCACUGGGACAAGGGCAGCUCGGGGGGGAAUCCAGCCUAGUUUCAGCACCGUGCUGUCUUCAGUGCAUUGGGGGCAUCAUCUAUAUGUUUUUAACAGAAAACCUGAGAUUUAAAGGAUUGUGCUAAAGGAAACACUUUCUUUCUUCCACAGUGACUAUUUAUUAGAUAAAGCGGACAGUCCUCUAAGCCAAGCAGUACCUGUCCUGAGUUAAUUCUUUGUUACAGAAGUUUUCAGGCUGAUGAAAUAACCCAGACACUGGUGGCACCGGCUCCUGAGCGCUGGGCUGUUGGGAAGAGCAACACAAGGGUUGUUUUCUAACGAGUGUCGCUUCCCAUGGAUACCUGACUGAGAACCAGAGCUGCCGCAGAUGGCCUGACCGCCGUCACCCCUCUCCGUUCGCUCCUGCUCGAACUGCAAACUUGGAAAGAGGGUUUGAACUCCUGUACCAAGUAUAGAGUAAUUCAGUCUCCACUUUGCUUUUAAUGAAAGCACCAUUUAUGCAGCCCGCUGCGCAGAAACUGUGAUAGUGAUUAAUACUGUCAGCCCUCAAGGGAGACUUUAGCCUCGGGAAUCUUUUGUAUUAAAAUUAAUUUGCUGCUCCAGCAAGCAGGUAUCCAAUUAUUUACCUUGUCCAUCAGGGGUGUGGGUGUCAGCGUGGCUGGAAGUGUUUGGUGUUAGUUCAUUACCCCGAUACAUGCUGCAGCAUCUUGUCAGUGCUCAAGGCUGGCUGGCAGCCCUUACCUGGGUGACCUGGAAGAGAACUCUCUCAAGGUGCCACUGAGUUGACUUCACAAGUCAAUCCAGUGCAGGUGCUACAGAGCCCAGGAGCGCCUUUCCCUUGAGGCCUGUCUGCGCUGUCAUGUGCUGAUGUGCCUGCUCUAACAGCAGCUGAGGGACCUCCACCAGCUGCUGUCCACAGGGUCCUUGGCGGGGAGCCUUCCCCAGGAGGGACGAUGAAGAUCGUGGUCGCCAAAGUGCUGUGUCUGCUGGGCAUCUGUGUCCUCAUGCUGGCUGGGUCCCUCCUCCCUGUCAAGAUAAUUGAGGCUGAUUACGAGAAAGCUCAUCGCUCCAAGAAGGUCCUUGCCCUCUGCAAUUCUUUUGGAGGAGGAGUCUUCCUGGCCACCUGCUUCAAUGCCUUGCUGCCUGCCGUGAGAGAAAAGCUCGAUGAAGUUCUCAAGCAAGGGAAUGUGACCAUGGACUACCCAGUGGCCGAGACCAUCAUGAUGGUCGGCUUCUUUGUGACGGUCUUUGUGGAGCAGCUCAUCUUGACCUUCCAGAAGGAAAAGCCGUCCUUCAUUGACUUAGAGACCUUCAAUGCUGGUUCAGAUGUUGGGAGCGACUCCGAAUACGAGAGUCCCUUCAUCGCAUCUUCCCGAGGACGCAUGUUGUACAGUGAACACGGUCACCACUCCCACGGCCUGAACAUCCAGGAGCUCUCCUGCUCCAGUCCCUUACGGCUCAUCGGGCUGGUCUUUGCUUUAUGUACACACUCCAUCUUUGAGGGACUGGCCCUGGGUUUGCAGGAGGAAGGUGGCAAAGUCAUGAGCUUGUUCCUGGGAGUUGCCGUUCAUGAGACGCUGGUAGCAGUGGCGUUGGGCAUCAGCAUGGCCAAGACCUCAUUGCCGCUGAAGGAUGCCGUGAAGAUAGCUGUGACAGUGAGCUUGAUGAUCCCUCUGGGCAUUAGCAUUGGGAUGGGGAUUGAGAGCACCCAAAAUGCAGCCAGCAACAUCACUUCCCUGCUCCUGCAAGGCAUUGCAGGGGGCACUUUCUUGUUCAUCACCUUCUUUGAGAUCCUUGUGAAGGAGUUAGAAGACAAGAACGACCGUCUCUUGAAGGUUCUCUUCCUGGUGCUGGGCUACACGGCUCUGGCUGGUCUGCUGGUCUUCAAGUGGUGAGCAUGGGAGCGACGGGAAGCAAACCUCAGCUCCUUCCCUUGCAAACAGCACUGGAGAUGAGCUCCUCUUCAGCCAAGGGGGACACUGAAGCUCAAUGGCUGAGUGAAACAUCAUGGUCCAGGUGGUAUUUCUGUAUUGACCUGAAGAAGGAGAAUUUCUUCCUGUGUGCUCAGAGGGAGAUAAAAAUGAGUGUCCCAGUGUAGGUGUCACAAGGUAUUGUCCCUGCUGUUGGAUCUGCGGGUCUAGCAGCUUGUGCAGAGAUUCCUCGACACAUAAAGAAUCUGGUUCUAAGGCUGCCUUCAAAGAGCUUGUCCAGCAUGUGGUUUCCUGUCAACCUGCACAGCCAGCCCCCUCACACCCAUUGCAGAAACUGUGGCUGAGAGUCUGCCCCCUUCGCUCUCAGGCUCUGAGGUGAGAAACAACAGGAAUAAAGUCCAAAAGCAGGUGGGAUCACGGAUUGCACAGCUGCGCUAAGCUGCUUUUGCUAGCUUAGUUUUGAGCAAAACCUGCUUGCAAUAGCUGCCAAAAAUAACAUCCCUUCUGGGGCCGCUGGUGUGCCUGGUGCCACAGCUCCCCUGAGCAGAGCUUCCACUUUAACCCACGAAUGGGUCUGGAAGCUUCUGAUUCUUGGAAUGAUUAAUGGAAGGAAUGAGGCCAGGUCCUGCUCCGAUGCAUGUCAUCCAUAUGUUGAACAUUCCCUGAAGAAAGCCUCUAACAGCACAUUAAUAUAUUGUUCGAAAAUC